UCAGAGUGCCCCCUUACAUCAGAUGUCCUCAUCAGAGUGCUCCCUUACAUCAGAUGUCCCCAUCAGAGUGCCCCCUUAGAUCAGAUAGUGCCCCCUUACAUUAGAGGUCCCCAUUAGAGUGCCCCCUGACAUCAGAUGUCCCCAUUAGAGUGCCCCCUUAGAUCAGAUGUCCCCAUUAGAGUGCCCCCUUAGAUCAGGUGUCCACAUCAGAGUGCCCCCUUACAUCAGAUGUCCCCAUCAGAGUGUCCCUUUCCAUCAGAUGUCCUCAUCAGAGGGCCUCCUUACAUCAGAUGUCCCCAUCAGAGCGCCCCCU